CUCGAAUAUUCCGACGGGAGGCGCGUGGUCGCGGCGGUGUUGGUGACUGGUGACAUGUUUGUGUGGAUCUGACGCCGACGCUGGAAUCUCACGAUGCAAAUUCAAGAUUUUCUCGGUGGGGAGUGAAGAAUUUUCUCUCUGUUGGUUGUUUCCCUUAGAGGAAGGGCGAUGGAGUAUAUAAAGGGAGGGAGGGACGCUGGGAAAUGAAGCAGAACAACAGAAAGCAAACCAGUUACCUGAACGACCUACUACUCUACAAGCCUCAUCAACCCUUCUACCAACGAUCCACGUCGACGCUCCCAACACUCAGACACACCUAUCGACCAUCUCCAUCACAUCAACCACAAUAACCAUGUCGUCGACCAACGCUACUCCUCGCAUGUCCGGCACCGCCACCCCUGCUGAGGGCUUCCACCAGAAGGAAUCCAAGGCCGAGAGGAAGCACUUCUGGUCUUCGCUCAAGCACGCCCUCGUCGAGCACCACAAGAGCGUCAACAACGCUUAUGCCGCCUGCUACGGUGCUGGUGUGAGCCGCCCAUAAACCCUCGAUGCUGGACACUUCAAUGCUGGAAACUCCAUAUUGCUGGACAUUUCAUUGUUGGAUACGUGGACACUUCAUUGCUGGGCUUUUCAUUCACCGGACGGCUCCAUCGCAUCUCAAGCUCAAACUCGGCAUUUUCUGGGUCUCCCAAUGACGCAAUGGGAAGGAAGAAAUAUCGGAUAGACAUGGAGGAAAUGGCAAGAGAUGGAAGAAGGAUUGGAUAGGCGGGAGAAAAGAGAAGGGAAACAAAAGUGCUUUUUACGUUCGAUACCCACGGAUCAGAUGGCCAGAUGGCGCUCAACCCAGGCUGCGCCAGUCGGGUCUGGCAGCCUUCGAGGCAGCCUUUAAUGUAUAAUCAAUCAAUGUUCUGAACAAUAUGUGCCAGUUUCGCAAAAUGUGUCAGUGACUGUUUGUGGUCGU